AUGUCUUCUACCCAGUUAGAGCAUUCAAAGAACUUUACCAACUUAGUCGCCAAAAUUGUUUCCGAUCAUUCCAUCGCGAUCAGCGAUGCGUUGAGGGUAAUUUCUUUCGCAGCCAGCACACGAUCGUUGCUUAGUGUUGCCGUUGAUUCCAUCGAGCACGGUUCGAGCGUGCCCGCCACAAUGUUUGCCCGUGUGUUCGCGAUUGUGAUGGUUGGGUUUGUGGCCUGUGUUGCCGGGCUGCUGACCGAUGAGGCCUGUCCGUCGGAUGUGACGGCGAUGAAAGACUUCUCGCUGAACGAUUACACCGGCCGCUGGUUCGAAAUCAAGCGUUACGAGCAGUUCUACGAGCGGGAUCUGGAUUGUGUCGUGGCCGAAUACCAGAAGACGGGCGACGAUAGCAUCUCCAUGAAGAAUGGUGCAUUCAGUCUGAGCAACAAUACGCGGGUGGUUAGCGAAGGUACGGGGGUGGUAUCGUAUCCGGAUGAUGUGACUCAUCCGGCUAAGCUUAGUGUGGCCUACUUCGGAGCAAAGCCGAAACGAAGCAACUACUGGGUGCUGGACACGGACUACACCUCCUUCGCCGUCGUGUGGUCCUGUGAACCGUUCUUCAAGGACGCUUCCAAGAAUGUCCUGGGCUUCUGGAUUUUCUCGCGCAAUCCUACCUUCCCAACCGAUGAGGCUGUGGUGAAGCGUGUCGAUGAGCUGGUCAAGAAGUACGGCGACGCGUCCAAGUUCGAGGUACCGAACCAAUCCGACGAACGUUGUCCACGAUCUUACUAA